GUGCCGUCUUGGUUCCGCCCAAACAAAGCGCAGAUUACGGAGUAACGUUGGCGGCGUUAACUGACAAGUCUGUCCUCCUUCCGAGUGUCCUGACAAAGCAGCCUCCCCGUCUCCACCACAGAUGAGUUCGGGAGCAGCGUGGCGUGGCUCUGGCCGUGUCGUCUAACAUGUCACCUUCCGUCCGCCCGUAUUGAAUAAGCCAGCAGCUGGCCAAGUGACACUCGUUCCGGUUUCUACCUCCUCCUGUCCCAGGCCUUCUGUCUGUGUGUGCGCUAUGAGUGCCAUGCGUGUGGAUGCCAAAGUGGUGAUGUUGGGGAAGGAGAGUGUUGGGAAGACUAGUCUCGUGGAGAGAUACGUCCAUCACCGCUUCCUGGUCGGACCCUAUCAGAAUACAAUUGGAGCUGCAUUUGUUGCCAAACCCAUCCAGGUGGGAGAUAAAGUCAUUACCCUGGGAAUCUGGGACACAGCUGGAUCAGAACGUUAUGAAGCUAUGAGUAGAAUCUACUACAGAGGAGCCCGGGCAGCCAUUGUCUGCUAUGAUUUGACUGACAGCAGCAGCUUCCAGCGGGCUCGUUUCUGGGUGAAAGAACUACAGAACUGUGAAGAGCAUUGUAAAAUCUACCUGUGUGGCACCAAGAAUGACUUGAUCAAGAGCGACCGGAGUCUGCGCCAGAUCGACUACCAUGACGCCCAGGACUUUGCUGAGGAGAUUGGUGCCCAGCAUUUUGAGACCUCCAGCAAAACCGGGAACAACGUUGAUGAGCUCUUCCAGAGGGUCGCUGAGGACUACAAUAACACAGCCUUCCAGUAUAUGACCGAAGAGACCGGUGUGGACUUGGACCAGAAGAAGGACUCAUAUUUCUACUCCUGUUGUCACAGCAACUGAUGCUAACAGAGAGGAGGUGAAACGGCUCGGGAGUAUUCUGGGAUGUGAGCGUUUCGCAUCGUAGCCUUGGACCUUCUAUCCAGACUAUAGAGAAGAGAAGAAAGACCGAUGGACUGACAGACAGAGAGACUGACCAACAACACAACACAACACGGCAGAAUUGAUUUGUUUUUCUCUUAGCGUGCGUUUUUCAUUGAGCGCCGCCCGGCUCAGAGCCUCUGCAUCAGGAAUGUUGUUUUAAAACUGGUUGUUGCUGUGUCGUCGUUAAACACCACAGACAGUCCUCUUCUGUUAUAACGGAUGUUUCCAUCCCCGCCUCCUCAUGCAGGAUUUACUUUACGCUUGUUUUUUUUUGGUUUUUUUUUUUUUUUUCAUCGUGACAUUUUUGAAUCGGCUGCUCCUGUCCUGAAACACUGACAGACCAGUCUGGACUCCAGUGCAACAAAGCUGCCUUUAAAACCUUUUAUUUGAGUCCCAGGUAGUCAGUCUUCCCUGGUGGUCAGAAGAAAACGAGUAAUAGGAAAGCUGUUUUCUAUUAUUAUUGUUGUUAUUAUAUCAAAGCAACACCUCUACUCACAGACUAAAGCAUUGUUAAUAGAUAUCCAAGUGAUUUGCAAAAUGACGUUUGCCUCAGAAUACACUUUUGUUCAACCAAGUUUAAGAAUAAGACUGUCUAAUAACAAUUAGACCAAUAAGCUGGCCAUUUUUGGCUUUGUACAGAAACCCGGCCAGUGUGGAGCUACGCUGGGGGGGGUUUAACAUCUGACGUCGCGUUUAACGGAGCCGUGGAAAACACGUCAGAACCACAUAAAUGGGUCUGACACUGUUCAGUCCUUCACUCCCUGUACAGACCACACAUUAAACCUGAGAGGAAACUGCACAAUACAUUACCUGAAACCAAUGAUGUUUAUAUGGCCUUCACACACAGUAGGAAUGCCUGUGUCUAAAGUGUCCAUACCUUCCUGGGUGAUGAUGAUGGUGGUGAUGAUGACUGGCAGGUCUUCGGGGUGAGCGCUGCUGUUUACACUGACACAAUCACGGAUGUGAAUGUAAAGCCACAUGUGGUGUUUUACAUCGUACUGUUUACUGUCUGUUGUGUGUCACGGCAUAAGCUUUCAUUCCGUUUUAAGAGGAGUUUCAGCAAAGUCAAGUUUGGGGUCGUUUUCGUACAACAGUAUAUUAUUUCCAAAACUUUCCCGCCACACUUCAUGGGAAUGGCCUUUUUUUUAUUAUUAUUAUUAUUAUCCUGAAUGCUAUUCAACAAUCUCUGCAAGUUCUUAACAAUUCCUUGGUGUCAUAUAUUGAGCUUAUGAUGAAGAAAUAAAGUUAUUGGGGAAAUUUAAGGAAAAUGUUUUCUAGACAGCGAUGACCUAAAUUUAAAUUUGAGUGAAAUGUCCUUCGUCAGUGUGGUGGUGCGGGUGACUGCCAUGGCUUCACCACCGUGGGGUUCUUGGCAGAUUUCGUAACACGGCACGUUGAGUCGUCACUGCUGAAAAGACACCAGACGUUUGCCUUUUUACAGCCACACAUCUAUGUGAAGUCUGUGUACUGUCUGGUACUCAUAUAGUCACUAAUUUAUUAUUGCCUUUUAAGUUGUGCUGUGCAGCAGCCAUGGAGGGACGUGAAUGAGUACAAUGUGACAUAGUGUUUUUCUCCAUGAUGCUGCAUCUGUACGGAUGCUGUGUUUACAAUAAUUUCAUCUAUAUUAUUAUUAUUAUUACUUAUGUGAGGCUGUUAAUGCAAGACCACAUACAAAUGGAUUCCUGACUAUUAAAAACUUUGAAAGAUUGUUUGAA